CACCACGUGCUCGACGCCUCGACGCUAUCCUCGAGUCCUCGAUUUGCGUCGAGGCGGACUUUGAGCUUCAAGCAGCCUAGAGAAGGUAUAUCAUCGGAUUCUGAUCGCAUUCCGGUUAUCGCAGUUCUAAAAGUAACUUGAACUUGAAGCAAUUCACGAUGUCGGCCAUAAAGAAAGGUAUUUUUAUUGUUGCUGCAAAGCGCACCCCAUUUGGCACGAUGGGGGGUAUGUUUAUGAACAAAAGUGCAACCGAUUUGUCAGUCGUGGCAUCGACCGCCGCGAUCCAGGCAGCAGGCCUAAAACCAGAGAAAAUUGACAGCGUUGUAUUUGGACAUAUCAUGGCGAACUCGUCCUCCGAUGGUAUUUUCUUGGCAAGGCACACGUUGUUAAAAUCAGGAGUUCCAUUACAAAAACCGGCAUAUAGCGUAAAUAGAUUAUGCGGCUCUGGUUUUCAAGCAAUUGUCAAUGGGGCUCAGGAAAUUUUAGCAGAAGACUCAAAGAUUGUCUUGACUGGUGGAGCAGAAAAUAUGAGUCAAGCUCCUUUUGUUGUAAGAAACGUUCGUUUCGGCACUGCCUUAGGCCAGAAAUAUGAAUUCGAAGACUCACUCUGGGUUGGAUUACUCGACACCUAUUGUAAUUUGCCUAUGGGUCUGACUGCGGAAAAACUUGGUGCUCAGUAUAAAUUAAAAAGGGAGGAGGUCGAUCAAUUUGCUUUGAGUAGUCAGCAACGUUGGAAAGCUGCUAACGAUGCGGGUCGUUUCAAAGAAGAAAUAGUACCUGUGCAAGUAAAAAUUAAGAGACAGGAUACAACUGUUAGCGUGGACGAGCAUCCGCGCCCACAAACGACGCUAGAGACCCUUGCCAAACUGAAACCAGUUUUCCAGAAAGAUGGAUUAGUCACAGCUGGUUCUGCAUCGGGUAUCUGUGAUGGAGCAAGCGCUGUUAUUUUAGCUAGCGAAGAAGCAGUCAAGGCAGAAGGUUUGAAACCACUGGCACGUUUGGUGGGAUACAGCGUUGUCGGUGUCGAUCCGAGUAUUAUGGGAAUAGGUCCUGCACCAGCGAUCAAAGAAUUGCUUAAAGUUACGGGCAAGACACUUGAUGACAUUGAAAUCGUCGAGAUCAACGAGGCGUUUGGAGCUCAGACUUUGGCGUGUGCAAAGGAUCUUAAUCUGGAUCUGAAUAAACUGAAUGUAAAUGGUGGUGCUAUUGCUGUAGGACACCCAUUGGGCGCUUCCGGUAGCAGAAUCACUGCUCACUUGGUGCACGAACUUAGGAGACGAGGGGCCGGAAAAUUCGGUAUCGGUUCCGCUUGCAUUGGUGGUGGUCAAGGUAUUGCUGUGAUGGUUGAAGUGCUGUAAUUAACUGUAUUU